UUGUGUCUGUGGCGGCGUCGCGUCCGUCGCUGUCGCUUGUGAAAAACAACAACAACAACAAGAGCAGCAAGCAAACCAAUUGCCCGCCUGCCUGUUGUUGUGUGUGCCUUUUUCGUGGUGUGUUAAAUAUAAAAACAAAUUGAGUUUAACUAAAAUAUUCAGCGUGCAAAUUGCUAGAGAGAGGUCAGAGGCUGUAAGUUACGAUUAUGGAGCGCGCUUCAUCCCCGCUGCUGCUGGCACAUUCAGUGCUGCCCAUGCACCAGCCGAAGAGUCGAGGACGACCUCGUGCCUCCUAUGCCCAGACCGGUGAAUUUGAUUUGGGUCUGAUCCGAGAAUAUCGCUCACGACCUGCGCUUUAUGAUCGGACCAACAAGCGCUUCAAGGAUAAGAUAUAUGUGGCUCAGCUCUGGAUGCAGAUAUCACACAAGCUCGGCUACGACGUUUCCAUGUUACGUGAACGCAUGAUCACGCUGCGUAAUCGUUAUAAUAUCGAGAAGAGACGCGUGGAGAACAGCUCCCUGACCGCCUCCUUUGUGGGAUCGCAGUGGCCGCUGUUUGAGAACCUUAGCUUUUUAUCCGAGCACAUACGUUCCCGACGAUCGUAUAAGACGCAGAGUAGACACGAUGGUCAUCAGGACGAUGAUGAGGACGAGGAGCCCUACGAUGUGGAUGAUCUAACGGGCGAAAUCAAUGGUUAUGGCAAGCGAAUCAAACAUGAAAUGGAUGCGGACUAUGAGGAUGGGGAUCCCUUUGAUUGCGAUCGUCAGAUGCCAGUGACCACAGUACUCAACAUACCGCACAGCGCGCAUAUAUUGAGUCAGGAAGAUUACAGCACGCAACUGAAUGGCAGCGAUAAUGUAAAUGUCAAUGGUAAAAGAACUGGUAAUCUGGAAGGAUUGCGUCAGCCGGAACUGGUGAUGGCCGCUAUCAAACAGAAGCGGGCACAGCCAAUGACAGAGAUUGCCAGACGACGACUGGAUGCAUCUAUUUCGACAGAUACGGCAACUGCAACCGCAUCGUCAGCAGCAACCUCGCUAACAGGACUAGCAACAACAGCAGCAAUAACACCAACACCAAUAACACCAACACCAACGCCAUCAUCGACAACAGCAAAGUUUCGAGCCUUUGGCGAAUUCGUGUCUCAUUCACUUGCCGAAUUGCCUCUCUCGGUAUCGAUGCGUCUGGUUGAGGCAUUUACCCGCGAUCUAGUUCAGGCUGCCAUUGCCAACGAGUCGUCAGUCAGUCAGGAGAGGGAGAGAGAGCGGGAGCGGGAGACGAAGACAGACACGAAGUCGCAGUCGCAGCCGAAGCUGGCAACGGGUUCGGCGGAACACAGUAGCAUGGACGAAGCGGAUGAUUAGAUUUAGUGUUAAGAAGAGAAACCACAAUCAGCUAAAAUACCUACAAAUUGUAAUCUAAUUUUUAAUUAUUUUUUACAUAGACAGGAGAUGGGAGGAGGCAUGCAUGAUCUUUCCUAUAUAUAUAUAUAUAUACAUAUAGAUGCCACAAACAAAUAAAACCAAUGGCAACAAAUUGAGUUCCGAGCUGU